GUAAGCAUGGUUUCUACAAACGUCGGUGGCUCCUAUAAAGGAUACAGACGCGGCUCGUGCGAUUCGUUCCUCGUUCAUAGCCUCGCGACAACGACAGGCUCCCGUUCGUUCCAAGGUCGAUUCGGCAGAUUCGGGAGCGAAUCGGCGGAUUUGAAGCACGGAACUUAUAAGACCGAUGUUAGGUCAACCAGAUCCAUGUGGUCUUAUGUAGAACAGACCCAACGGACGGAGCUCCUUAUCGGUGCUUCUGGAGUCUAAACCCGGCGAUUCAUCGUGAGAGCUGAAGAAGCCGCAACCGUUAGAUGCACGGAGAGACGGCAGUGAGAGCGGCGGUGAAGGCGAUUCGGAAACGGCGAUCAGAGCCGAAGGCGGCGAACUAGAAACGGCGGUGAGAGCAACUAGUAGACGGCGAACUGGAGACUAGUAGAACUAGAAACGGCGGUGAGACGACGAGCGAGAAACUAG